CCGCGCUUCAGUGCGUUCUGUUCAUGAUGGUGAACAUGGACAUAGGCGAGGUAUGUGAUUGGAGCGCGUUCUCAAGGGGUCUUCGGUGAGCGAGCACGGUGAGGAAGCUGAAGACUGCGUCUAUUUCAACUUCAAAUGUCAUUUGGUUUGUGCGUAUCUGGGAUGUGGUGAUGGGGGCAAGAUCUUGCUAGCCCUUUAUGGGGACGGCCACUCGGAGAAAUCUCCGACACUGAUGAAUGCGAUGUUUAGUAUUAUCAAGAGCACUUUCGUUCAUCUGAUGGGGCAUGUGACGGAUUUACUUUCUGGGCCAUCCUGCUAGUUGCAAGUUUAUUGUCUUGUUUGAUGAUAAAACACUCCUUCUUCGCGAAACACUUGUGGCGACAUGUCCAGCAGCUCUUGAUUGUCAUGAUGGCUGGAGCAGCAAUGAAUAAUUGCCUGUCUCCACUACACAUGGAAUCUGAACUGACGCAAAAGCUUUUUUCAAGGGUCCAUCAAAUGAUGACUUUAUCCACAAAUGAUUUAACAUCAAACAUCCACUCUGAGUCUUGGAUAUCGGACCGUCUUGCAUGCGCCAUGAAUCGCUGACUUUGCCGGCGGGGACCGGCAUUUGAUGUGCAAACCCCAGAUGAGGCUGCUGAAAACGAUAGCCGGAUGGCAAGCCGAUAUCAUGAGACUCAAUGUGUCGAAGGUUGAAGAUUCCGAAGCAAAACGAGCUUCAGAUUGUUGAGUGUGUCUCGAGUCUGGGCAUCUGAAGCAGAAUAACCAACCACCUGUCGAUCUUUCGAACCACCAUACAUGAACUUCAUAUGAUGAUAGUCUGAGCGUCAAUCAAUAUCAUAUCAUUUAUCCUCAACUACAUAAGCUGUCAAGGAGGAUUGAAUCCUUCGUUAAUAACCAAUCUAUCACAGAAAACCCAAUUGAAGAAGAACGAGCAGUGACAACCCCCCUGCAUAACCGUCUUCAUCAAUCUCUUGCGACAGGCUGAAACAGGAGCUUGACUUUGAGACGUGUAACCCCUGCCGCUAGAAACCUACAAGCUGAGGCCACCCGUCGCUAACACAAAUGCAGCCAUUUCUGCACCAGCCCUGUUAGCAUAUCAACGACGGGCUACCGUGCUUCCAUCCUGAAUCUUGGUUCUUGGGCAAAGAAGCGACACCAAGCGUUUUCAAACAGCAGACAAAGACUCUUGAACUACCAGGUUCGGCUUGAAUGUUUCGUGUUACUCGCAUCGUGCCCCUGAACCCUGAGAUCGCCUUGGCUGUAUGGGGUUUAUCACCGUUUAUGGCUGUCGGAUCCUUGUCUUUAUAAUGUAUCAUAUCGUAUCGUAUCGCAUGUAUAAUGUAACUGUUGAUCUUGUCUCAUCCCACGGACCAACUCCAGCUCUAACCUUAGAGGUUCCUCGCGCUUCACUUCCUCUCUCGUCCGUCCUCUCGUUUCUCUCCCUCUUCAAUCAGCAGAAACUCCAUUUCUCGCUUUUUGCAUGUCAUAAACCGCCAAGCCCUUAUAAUCUUUCCUUUGUCCUUCUCUUCCUUUGCUCUUGAUCAAGGCUGGACCUUCGUUUGAAUAACACUUUCUUUUAUCUGAUCAAGUCAGUGACUUGCAUCAUCAAACACUCAUUUCCUGAUACCCGGAGUAUUCAUCCAACGCCUUGGGUAUCCAAAUCAUAUCAAGACAUAUUAUAAAGACCCUUGGUUCAUUAAUACUUUUUGUUUAUAAUCAACACAACUCAGAAUACCUACGACAAUGGCGCCUUUUGAUGAGCCCCAUUACCUUCGGUGGCAGAGACAAGCAAAGAGGGCUUUUGGUGCGACUCUGCCGGAUUGGACCAUCGCCGAUGACAGCGACGACUAUGAUGUUCACAUUAUGAAGAAGCGCACAGCAAGGCCGAGACGUAGACGAAGCAAUGUUCCAACUUCAUCCGGGGAGCCUGAGGUCAUGAUCAAUAUCCUACGGGAACCUUAUGCCAAGCGAACCGAUACUGUCGACCCUGCGACUGAGAAGCAGAAGCAGGACGCGAAGAAGGAAGAGAGUAGUGACAGUGAGAGUGAAGGUGAUGACGCAGCCGACAGUGGAAGUGAGAGCGAGAGCGAGGACGAAGAUGAGGAGCCCAAGAAGAGUGAAGAAGACAAAACCAGCGACGACGCCAAUCAAAUCAACAUCAAAUUGCCUGCAUCAUCAACAAACUCACCAUCAGUCGAAGCUCCAUCAGCUGAGGGAAGUAUGUCGGAUUCUCCUUUGGUCGAAGGUGGUGAUGGUAUGCACUCCAAUGUUCACAAGAUCCUGCUGGGUGUUGGAUCCGUCGGCGGCUUUCUAUUCCUACUUGGCAUUGGCUUCCUCAUCUGGAAAUUCUACUCAAGGAAGCAGUCACCAAAGAAGCCUGCUCCCAUUGAUGACAUGAACUUCGACAAGCCCAGCCGCUUUGAGAACCUCGUUUCCAAGGUGCCUUUCCUCGGAUCACGCUACGGUCACAAGGGCUGGUACACAAUCGAAGAUCCAUCCUAUUCUCCUCCAUCCUAUUCUCCGCCUCUUGCCGAGAAGGCACGACCUCAGUCACCACUCUUCAUGCCUAAGCAAUCCGACAACUUCCUCACAGUGCCCAGCCUACCGUUCGGUGUUUAUCGUACGAGUGGCGACAGAAGGACAGGGGUUACAAACUAUGACAUUGACGCUGUCAGCCCUACAAGCACAACCUUUGUCGAGAGCGCUGUUGAAGUCCAGGUCGUGGCUCGUCAUGAUCCCAAGGACUCUCUGAGCACGCCGUACAAACCUCAACAACACAAGCGAAUCCCCUCUACCACACCAUAUGCCUACGAUGUCGGACGACGUCAGACCGGUGUUAGCGAACUCUCCUCCAUCUCCUCUGGCUUCGGCGACGGCGACAUCGUCGUGACGCCUACCACUCAGACUGUCCAAAGCGUCCCAUCGCGACCAGAGCCUUCACGACAACCCACAUGGAAGUCUACCAACUCUGUCGGCCGCCGUGACACUGUAUCUACAGUAGCUUCAGUGGAUACACGACCACGUUUCCGCUCAGUGAACUCAUGGGUGAAGCAGCAGAAUGGGCAAUUGCGACGAGCUCAACGACAACAAGAGAACAGCCUUGAUAGUGACGCUCCUCCAGUUCCUCCUCUGGCCCCCCCUCCUGAGCAGGACUUCAGAUACAUGUUGCAAGACGAUGAGAGACCACGUCCAGUGGAGAUGGUCUAGGAUGGGUUCGGGAAACAUGCAUGAUAUAUAGAGGCACCUUUGAAAGGAGUAUGGCUGGACCAGGCGUCAGAUACCUACGUUGGAUUUUGUGACAUAAACAAGGAAACAAACAUAUGGAACCAAGUGUAUACUCAAUUCUAUGUCCAUUAAUUGAUCGAUCUAGUCUACUUCUCCG